UCACGCCAAGAUAUGCACACGACGCCGGACUCGCGCUGCGCCGAGUGCCAUGACACGUGCCGCAUCAUCGCCCGCUUCUGCCCGUCGUGCGGCGCCAAGAUGCCGAGCGCGAUCUUGGCCAACAAGCGCUUUGCUCCGCGCAUCGAGAACCUGCCGCGACGGGCGUCCCCACCCAAGCCGAUCGCUAUCAAAAGAAAGCAAGCAAAGAAGCGUCCUACCGUGGCCUUGAGCCCUCUACCGAUUAUCGCACCGGCCAUCGAACCAAACAACCAAAGCUCCGUGCCUUCUCUUAAACCAGCGACAAAGGCUGUCAUCACCGCGGUGGCGCGAGCUCCUGCCGCCGGACGAAGAGGCCCCAAGCAUGGCCGAGAACAGACGGAACAGCCCAUUGAAGCUUGGAUGCGACGGCUUCAAGAGCUCUUGACCAAGCUCAAGACGUUGGACCAUUCGUCGUCGGCGUCGUCGUCAUCGUCCCCGUCCAAAUCACCGAAGAAAACGCUCUCGAGGGCUCAAAAGACGUUCUUGGAGCACACGUGGGCGUCCUUGCACACGGAAUUCGACUUGCAUUUUCUCCACGAGCCAGCGCUCGCACCAGAGCUUCGCGCGGGAUGCACGCGGCUUUUGAAUCAUGCGCAGUUGACGCUGAGCCGUCUCGCGGUCAAAGAGCUCAAAGAAGAAGCGCCUGGCGUUGUCGUCGUCAAGGUCGACGGUGCUCUCAUGCGGUUUAAGAGCCGAUCGGUGCCAGUCAAACCAAGUAUACCCGUUGUGGCGACUCUGGCGUCAAUGGCGCCACUGCCACAGCGGUUGACAACUACGAGCGCUGUCUCGGAGCCUGUGCCGCACCGCCACUCGAUGUUUUUACGGCGCGACCCCAUGCACAUGUACACAAGGGCGUACGCUCUCCUCAACGGAGCUCGCGUCCUCGUGAGCCUCUACGAAAGCGACGCAACCACCAAGACACUUUGCGUGCGCCUCUAUGAACCGCAGAGCGCGACGACCCAAGACCUCUUCCUCAGCGCCAUCGACCUGCAACGGCUCGCGUCGCCACCGCUCUACUUGAAGCGAGAUCUCCCAACCGCCUCUGUCGUCGGCCUCGCUCAUUGGUCCAUGUGGUUUACCACAGUCCUUCGUCACCGCCUGCGCGCCAGCGUGCGCCAUCACUGGCAUAUUCGCUUUCCUUGCGUCUACCGAGCGUCGACGGUGCUCUAUUACAAAGGCGGCGACAUGCCGUUUCGAUGUCUCUUGGCCAUGCACGUGACGAUCGAGUACCAUCUCGAAGUACGCGCUUACGACGUCUGCGCCAAUGUACUGCAUACGACGAAUGUGCCAUCAAGUCACUUGCGAUCCGCGGCGUCGCCGACGUUUUGCUCGGACGUCUUGGAGCCCCACAAGUGGCCAUCGCUCUUCGAAGCGCUCGCGCGACAGCUCUAUAUAGAGCACACCACCAACGGGUACGAGCUCGUCUUUGCGGGGCUUGCACCGCGCGGGCGCGUCGUCGCCAAGAUGCCGCCGAUGCAAGUGGCGUGGGCAGCAUUUCUCGAAGGCGAGCACAAGCGCCUCUCCCGCCUCCGGGGGCAGUGCGCACAGCUGGCAGCGUCCGUGGCGCUGCGCCGAGCGACCCAGCGCGCCCAAAACGACUUGGAGGCACGCGUGCGCCACUUCAAAUCCAACGCGUGCACGCGGCUUCAGUGCCAAUGGCGCGGCUACCGCGGUCGCAGCUGCUUCCGAAACGUCCUGUACGACCGAGCGCUCACGCUACGAGUAUGGGGCGCCGUGCCCUCCACGAUGCUCUGCACGCAGCCUCCGUUUGACGUAUUUCGGUGGUUUCAAGACCCGACGACGCUUGUGGUGCACGCAGUGCCAGCGUCGACGUUGCCCAAGGCCUCGCUCCUCCUACAGCCGCGCCCAGCGACGCUAUCGAUUGCAUGCAGCACGCGCAUGCGGACGCCGUACGACAUGCAGCGGUGGGUCGCAUCGCGGGCGCUGCUCCAGCUUCGGCUCACGCGCGCCGCCGUCAAGAUCCAGUCCCAUAUCAAGCGACUCGUGGCCCAGCGCGUGUACAAGGACAUUGUGACCGCCGUGGUCUUCUUGCAGUACUGCGUGCGGGCCAAGGCGCGCCGCCGCCCAGCCUCGCUGCGGUGGGCGAGGCGCAUCCGGGGCACACCGGUCUUAUUGCGCCUACGCAUACUCGACUCGGGCGACGGUCUCGUGACCGUGUUCAUCCCAUCGAGCUGCUUGACCGCCGAGCAAGCGGUGCCACAGGACAGGCUCGUACGUGGCACAGCCUCGAUCGCGGAUGCCAUUGACCUCUUCUAAUCGGCUCAAAGCCGCGUGCUCACGUUCCGAGUGAUUCUGUAGCCGUUAGGUAACCGCUAACCGUGCUGUAAAAACCGGUCGCGAUGCCGAAUUUUACUAAUUUCGGCGCGUCACGGUCGGACCACGUCUGCCUCGUCACCGAUUACGUAAUACAAACGUCGAUGCAAGACAGGACCUUUCAC